AUGAGCUUCGAUUUGCGGCUGCUUUUAAUAAUCCUGCUUCCGGGAUGGGCCCGACCCCAGUCCCAGCCCCAGCCCCAGCCCCAGCUCCCGGAUCACGUGACCCGGCACAUGAACCGCAACGUGGACCCCUGCCGGGACUUCUACAAACACGCCUGCGGCAAGUGGGCGUCCGCCCAUGCCGGCAUGGGCUACCGCAGCGCCGUCGGCCAGCUGGACUUCAACUACCACGAGCAGCUGGCCGAUCUGCUGGAGCAGCCCCUGACCGCCGACCAGGACGAGCCUCGAUUCGUGGGCCUCGUCAGGGACUACUACGCCGCCUGCAGGGCCAACCACACGGUGGUCCAGGCGAUGGAGGUGCUGGCCAGGAUCAUCCGGAAGCCGAGCACCAGUCUGGAGGACCUCACGGUCGGAUUGAACACCGCCUUCCGCGUGAACAUCCUCCUGGACCUCCACGGCUCGGAGAUGACUGAGCUGUGGGUCACCCUGAUACUGCGACACAUCGAGGACUGGGACGAGCGUGAGACCCGCAGGGACGCCAUGACCCGCGGGGAGUUCGACCGCCUGUGGGAGCACUUCCCGGCGGCAGAGCUGGAGGACAAGGAGAGCUUCUGGCGCAACGUGACUACCGUCGAGGAGUUCCUCCUCGAGCACGGUGAAGGGGAGGAGCUCGCGGUCCUGAAGGGACCUCCCGCCUUCUGGAUGCUGCCCUGGCCCGCUCGCUUACCCGAUCUCUGGCAUUUCAAGCGUAUGCUCAUGGUGCUCACCAUCCACCCCGCCCAGUUCCUGCUACGCUACAUCUACCUGCGGCUGAGUCUGAUCCCGGACCCGGCAUCCUGCCAGCCCUGGGCCAUCGAGUCCAACGACUGCGCCCUGCAGGCCCGCGAGCUGCUCGGCCACCCCGUCGUCUGGCUAAUGGAGCAGCACCACCCCCGGCUGCGGGAGGAUCCAGUGCUGCAGGGCCUGUUCGGGGAGCUGAAGCACCGCUUCGGCCAGAAGCUGCGGGCCAACCGGAACCAGUUCUCCGCCAGGGUGCAGGCCUUCCUGCUGGCCAAGCUCGACCGGAUGCUCCUCCGGCUCAGCGUCCUGCCGCAGCGGGGCGACAAGGUCUCGGCGAUCGCGGAGCACUACCAGCACCUGCGGCUGAACGCCUCGGACUACUUCGGCAACAUGCUGCAGCUCCUGGAUCACCAUGAAGCGGCCGGGAAGCGCAGUCCCAGCUUCGAGGAGCGCAAGGGGUGGCUGCCCAUCGACCGGCAGAACUACGGUAGCUUCGCCUCGCCCUUCUUCCUCCCGCGGGCCAACAUGCUGGUGGUGCCGCUCUCCCUGCUCGACAGCCGCCUUUACGAGCGCGGCCAGGCCGACCUGCUGACCUACAGCACCCUGGGCUUCAUCCUGGGCCACGAGCUGACCCACGGCUUCGGCUUCCACGAGGUGGGGCGCAGCCAGCGGGGGCACCUUCACCCCGGGGUGGCCAGGGAGCUGGGCCGCAACCAGGCCUUUCGGAGGGCGAAGGACUGCGUGGCGGAUCGCUUCGGGCCGAAGCACUCCGAGGAGAAGCUGGCCGACGCCAUGGGGCUGGAGCUGUCGUACUCGGCCUACUUCGACGAGGCGGAAACGGACCGCAGCAGGAACCGCUCCGGCACAGGGACGCCGGAGCAGCGGCAGCUGUUCUUCCUCAACCUGGCGCAGUUCUUCUGCUCCAGCGAGCGCCACUCCGACUGGAGAAGCUACCACGGGAGCGACCGACGGCGGGUGAACGACGCGAUGAAGGCGUUCCCGCCCUUCCAGGAAGCCUUCGGCUGCCCGGCUGCCCUCAGGCCGAAGAGGAAGCCCUGCCGGCUCUACUGA